AUGAACGCUGAGACUUGCGUCUCUUACUGCGAGUCGCCGGCCGCUGCCAUGGACGCCUACUACAGCCCGGUGUCGCAGAGCCGGGAGGGCUCGUCGCCUUUUAGGGGAUUUCCCGGCGGCGACAAGUUCGGCACAAGUUUCCUGUCGGCCGCCGCCAAAGGGCAGGCAUUCGGGGACGCCAAGAGCCGGGCCCGCUACGGCGCGGGGCAGCAGGACCUGGCGGCACCCCUGGAAAGCGGCACCGGGGCGCGGGGCUCCUUCAACAAGUUCCAGCCCCAGCCGCCCACCCCGCAGCCCCAGCCGCCCGCGCAGCAACCGCAUCUCUACUUGCCGCGAGGCGCCUGCAAGACGCCCCCGGACGGCAGCCUCAAACUGCAGGAAGGCAGCGGCGGCCACAACGCGGCCUUGCAGGUCCCCUGCUACGCCAAGGAGAGCUCCCUGGGCGAGCCAGAGUUACCACCAGACUCGGACCCUGUGGGGAUGGACAGCAGCUACCUCAGCGGGAAGGAGGCUGGCGUGAAGGCACCCCAGGAGCGGGCCAGUGCCGACCUCCCGAGCCCGCUGGAGAAGGCCGACUCAGAGAGCAACAAGGGCAAGAAGCGGCGGAACCGCACCACCUUCACCAGCUACCAGCUGGAGGAACUGGAAAAGGUCUUCCAGAAAACGCACUACCCGGACGUGUACGCGCGUGAGCAGCUGGCCAUGAGGACGGACCUCACCGAGGCCCGCGUGCAGGUCUGGUUCCAGAACCGCCGAGCCAAGUGGAGGAAGAGGGAGCGCUUUGGGCAGAUGCAACAGGUUCGAACCCACUUCUCCACAGCCUACGAACUGCCCCUCCUCACCCGCGCUGAGAACUAUGCGCAGAUUCAGAACCCGUCCUGGAUCGGCAACAACGGGGCUGCGUCCCCAGUGCCAGCCUGCGUGGUCCCUUGUGACCCGGUGCCUGCCUGCAUGUCCCCUCACGCCCACCCGCCUGGCUCUGGGGCCAGCAGCGUCACCGACUUCCUGAGUGUCUCUGGGGCUGGCGGUCACGUGGGCCAGACGCACAUGGGCAGCCUGUUUGGAGCGGCAGGCCUCAGCCCGGGCCUCAACGGCUACGAGCUGAACGGCGAGCCAGACCGCAAGACCUCCAGCAUCGCGGCUUUGCGCAUGAAGGCCAAGGAGCACAGUGCGGCCAUCUCCUGGGCCACAUGA